UUUUGUCUCAUUUUACCGACCGGUUACCAACAACCCAGUAAACUCUUAUUCCCUUUACUGAUAUUGUGUACCCAGGCAGGGCAAAGCCUCUACUCGUAGCGUUAAUGGCGGACCCGACUGCUCCACCCAAUCCGACCCUCACCAAAGACGACAAUUGUCUAAAAUACACCUGCGAUGCUGGGUUUUUCUCUAACCCACACCCCUCCGACACUCCAAACCUCGACGAAGAAGAUUCCAACAGUCCACCCACUUUUGAUUCCGACGACUGCGACUCUGAUUGUGAUUCCACGCACUUCACUGAUCUCUCCGCCGGUCUUCGUGUCUUCUCUGAUUCGAUUCUUAGGAUGGAGCUGGCCGGGAUGGAGAUGGUCAAGGCAAUGGAAGCCUCCAGAUGUGAGGCGGAGAAACGGAGGGCGGAAUCCGAGGCCGAAUUGACUCGGAUGAUGUUCCGAACUCAGUCCCAGAUCGCUUCGUUUGUCGCCGGAGAUGCUGAUACCAGGAAACGGAAGCGUGGAGCAGAUGACGAACCAAGGGAUUCCUCUGUUAGACAAGGAGCUUUGCUGCUGAGCUUGUUGCAGUGCAACUUAAUCUUCUGAAGAUUCACUAAAAUUAAUUGAGUAAUCUUUGGUUUAUUUAUCAAAAUUGAGGAUGAAAAUGAAGUUGGGAUUUUAUAUACUAUAUAUAUGUAAUGUACUGAUUAUUAUAUUAAAUGAAAAAUCUAUCUCUCUCUGCAAAA